CAGACUGGUCUCAAUGAAGCGCUUGGGGCUGUUUUUCACACACCCAGGAUAUUUCUUUUUAACAGCUCGGCGUGCAGGACUCCAGGCUACACCAGAGCCCCGUCCGUCCCUCCACCGUUAGCUCAGCUCCUGGAAAAAUGAAGGUCCCCUGUCUUCUUCUCCUCCUGAUUUUUACGGUGAUAACAUACGGCGAGGGGAAGCGAAAACAAGAAAUCACCCAAAAGAAACAUAUUGCGAAACGGAGCCUGAUUCCGGCAGAUAGCCUCCGGCCUCUCCGGCGAACGAAGAGAAGGUGGGUCCUCACUACGCUGGUGUUGGAAGAGAACGACAAUGGACCUUUCCCCAAAUUAGCUGGAGAUCUUUUCAACGAUCGAGCCGCCAACUACUCUAUCAAGUACCUUAUCAGCGGCCCUGGGGUGGACCUCCCGCCGGAGGUCGGUCUCUUCACCAUCAAUGAUCAGACAGGUCAAGUCUUCGUUCACCGGCCCAUUGACAGAGAGAAGACACCUUACUUUGAGAUUUGUUUUGAUGCUGCCGACAGAUUGUCCGGAAAAAUUGUAGACAAAUCUCUCAUUUUUAAUGUUGAAGUGAAAGAUAAAAAUGACAACGCUCCCGAAUUCUCCAAAUCGGUGUAUGAAGUCUCCUUGAAGGAAACGGCUAAUCUUGAAAACCCAGUUUUACAAGUUUUGGCGUAUGACGGUGACAAGCAGGACACGGCGAAUUCAGACAUCACCUACAGCAUCGUCUCACAGAUACCCGCCCUUCCCAAUGUGAAAUUCAUUAUCGAUCCUAAAUCCGGAUUGAUCCGCGGCCAAGGGUGCUUGAACUAUGAGCAAUCCAAUACGAUUAAGCUGUUGGUGAGUGCGCGUGACAAUGGACUCGAGCCUCUCUCCUCCACGGCCACCGCUAUUCUUCGAAUCGAAGACGGAAAUAACCAGAAGCCCACGUUCCCCACACUGAAUUACAAUCUGACCGUGCGAGAGGGGGAAGUGAAGAACGAUUUACUAAGAAUCAAAGUGGAGGAUAAAGAUUUACCGCAGACACCGGCGUGGAGAGCCAAGUUCAAAAUCCUGUCCGGAAAUGAGAAAGGAAAUUACAACCUCACGACGGAUCCGAAGACAAACGAGGGCAUUCUGGGCAUUGUGAAGCCUUUGGACUUUGAGGGAACCCCUUUGAAGGUCCUUAAAAUAUCUGUACAAAAUGAAGAGCCAUUAUACAUCUGCCAAAAUUCCAAAGUUCAGGUGGACAACACACCCCAACUGAACAACGUGACUGUCACUAUAACCGUUAUGGACAUAAACGAUGCUCCGAUUUUUCAUCCUGCAACUCAAAUAAUCAGAGAAAAGGAAGGUCUGAAGUCAGGGUCCCUCCUGCUGAGGAUUAACGCUACAGAUCCAGACAGGAUUCCCAACAGGAUCAGGUAUGAGAUCGCGCAUGACCCUGCAGGUUGGGCCACUGUGGACAAAAAUACUGGAGAAAUCAGAACGUUGAAAGAACUAGACCGCGAAUCGCCGGAAGUCAAGGACAGCGUCUACACUAUCAUUGUCAAUGCUAUAGACGACGGUGACCCCCCGCAGACAGGGAGCACUACCGUACUCCUCUACCUGUCCGACCUCAAUGACAACACCCCAGAGCUGGUCUUGCCGUACGUGGAAAGGUGCCAGGCGCUCAACAAACAGGCGUUUACCGUGCAGGCCGUCGACAAGGACCUGGAUCCGUUCUCCGGACCAUUCAAGUUUGAACUGGGGGACAAUUCUAGAGCUGUGCAGGACGUCUGGAAAAUCGGACGGAGUCUCGGUGAUUCCGUCGAACUCUUAAUGGUUGAUGAUCUUCCACCCGGGAACUACACGGUUCCGUUGUCGUUCUUCGACAGGCAGGGCAGUUCCAGCAAGCAGGUGCUGAAUAUUCGAGUCUGCGGCUGUCCGGACGGCCUGACCUGCGAGAAGAUACAGCCAGCAGCUCAUAGCUUGGGCGGAGGAGCCAUCGGAGUAAUAGUUGGCGUUUUGCUUUUGUUCCUGCUGGCCCUGUGUCUUCUGAUGUGCUGCUUCUGUGGCUCCGGAAUCAAGAAGACCAAAACCUUUUUGCCCAACGAUGAAGGAAACCAAACCCUGAUCAACUAUAAUGAAGAGGGAGGAAGUGUGCUGUCUCAGACAAGCCCGACGGUACUUAUUGGGAAUGGAAAUGGGAACAUCGGCAUGACUAAGAAUGGAGUGGGGGUUUAUGCAUCUGUUUCAAAACAAAACUCACAAAACCAAAAUGUUGCCCAGCUUCAGGGAACACAAAAGGAAGCAUGGAAUCAGGGUUCCGGCUUCCGGUUGCACGCAGAGAACAGCAGCUAUACCCCGAACAGCAAAAUCCUGAGGGACGGAACGUUAAAUAAUAAAGGACUCGACAUUUUUGUAGAGAGGGUCGGAGAAAUGGUGAAUUAUAAACUACAAGCAUUCCUUGACGAAGACGAAAUCACCGAAUACAAUCCUCGGACGUACGCCUACGAAGGAGAGCUGGAGAGAAUGGAUUCGGGGAGCUCGUUCUCCAUCGCAGACAACGACGCCGACCUCUCCUUCCUAAAUGAUUUGGGUCCCAAAUUCUUAACGCUUGGGGACAUUUGCCAAACGAAAUGAGGACCUGUUGACGUUUUAAUAAUCGCUAUUGUCACGGGGCAUCAGGGAGGGGGCUUUCUUUAAUGUUGCACUGAACGUCUUGGGGUAAAAGGGUAGAAUCGGAAGUAUAAAGACCCAGCGAUGGCUCUCGUGUUUUAUUCGUCUAUAGUAAAGGAUAAGAGGUAGGUGUUUGGCUACGAUGCUUGCGUUGGGUCUUAUAGGGUUCGGUACUGUAUACAGUGCUGUAUAUAUAACGUGGAAUGCGAUUCACAAACCUGUGGAUUUUAAUGGACGUUCCGGAGGAAGAUCUCCAGUAUUCGGGGGUGGGGGGGUUAUCGGAGCGGCGAAUGAGAAGGACUACUGGACGAGGAACGCAAUGGGGCUGAAUUGGGAAACCUAUUGGAAUGGCUGUCCAACGUGUGUCCUCAGCUUCUGGAAAACCUCAACGGGACAAUAAAAUAAAUUAAAUGGGAUGGAGGUCGUAGAAAAGCCCCCCAGCUUAAUGGAGCCAUGGCGAAAGGAUUUCAUACACCAUGUAGAUCAAUGAUUCCAGGGUAUGACAUCAUCGCAGUGACACACAAGGCUAUUACCUCGCUACUAAUAUGACAUUAACUACUGAUAUUUCUCCACCUUGAGUUACAUCGGCAAGCGAAAGAAAACAUGUUUCAUACACCAUGUGGAUCAAUGAUUCCAGAGCAUGACAUCAUCGCAGUGACACGCGAGGCUAUUAACUCACUACUGAUAUAGCAUUAACUACUGAUAUUUCUCCACCUUGAGUAACAACUCAGACUUGGCGAGCGUUACCUGGGGGUAUUUUUAUUGUUUAAAUCAGGUUUCUCUUCAUACCCUUUUUCUGUAUAACUCUGAAACACUGGAAAAAUACUAAAAAAAAUACUAAAGGCUUCUCGUAAUGUACAUACAAUUUAACCCAUUAAAAUGUAUUUUCUUCCCUUUGUACCAGUAAAAUAAAAAUUUCAUACAAACU